CUCAGGGCCGGCAGGUCUUCUGGCUUCCGGCUCCGCUCCCGGGCGCAUUUAUCCCCAUUAAGCCGAGUAGGACCGUGAAAGACUGUCGGCUUGCGGGGAGCUCCGCCCUAGAGUCGCCGAGGAGUGGCAUCCUGAGCCCCGCCCUCCCUUCGCCGACCAGCCAUGGCUGCACGCCUGCUCCGCAGCUCCCUGCGCAUGUGGGGUGGCCGGUGUGCCCUGCGUUCACCGCCGGCCGCGAGAUGUUCUCAUUCCGGAAAGGAGAAACGUCUAGAAACUCCUUCUGCUGAAAAAUUAACAGAUAUAGGAACUCGAAGAAUCUUUUCUUCAGAACAUGACAUUUUCCGGGAAAGUGUAAGGAAGUUUUUUCAAGAAGAAGUGAUUCCUCACCACGCAGAAUGGGAGAAAGCUGGAGAAGUGAGCAGGGAGCUUUGGGAAAAAGCUGGCAAACAAGGACUUCUCGGUAUCAAUAUUGCAAAGCAUCAUGGUGGUAUUGGUGGAGACUUGUAUUCAGCAGCUAUAAUGUGGGAAGAACAAGCAUAUUCAAAUUGUUCAGGCCCAGGUUUUAAUCUUCAUUCAGAUAUUGUCAUGCCCUAUAUUGUAAACUAUGGCUCUGAAGAACAGAUUAAGCGAUUCAUCCCCCAGAUGACUGCUGGGAAAUGUAUUGGCGCCCUAGCAAUGACAGAGCCUGGGGCUGGAAGUGAUUUGCAAGGAAUAAGAACAAAUGCCAAAAGGGAUGGGAGUGACUGGAUUCUCAAUGGAAGCAAGGUAUUCAUCAGUAAUGGGCAGCUAAGUGACAUUGUGAUCGUAGUGGCAAUCACAAAUCGUGAAGCUCACUCUCCUGCCCAUGGCAUUAGCCUUUUUCUGGUGGAAAAUGGAAUGAAAGGAUUUAUCAAGGGACGAAAGCUACAUAAAAUGGGACUAAUAGCCCAGGAUACUGCAGAAUUAUUCUUUGAAGAUGUACGGCUACCAGCUAGUGCCCUACUUGGAGAAGAGAAUAAAGGCUUCUAUCACCUCAUGCAAGAACUUCCACAGGAAAGGCUAGUGAUUGCUGAAAUGGGACUUUCAGCCAGUGAAUUCAUGUUCGAAGAAACCAGGAAAUACGUUAGAGAAAGAAAAGCUUUUGGGAAAACAGUUGCACAUCUACAGACAGUGCAGCAUAAGCUGGCAGAAUUAAAAACACACAUUUGUGUAACCAGAGCUUUUGUGGACAGCUGUCUCCAGCUGCAUGAAAAGAAACGUCUGGACUCUGCCACUGCUGCCAUGGCGAAAUAUUGGGCAAGUGACUUACAAAACACUGUAGCUUAUGACUGUGUCCAGCUCCAUGGAGCCUGGGGAUACAUGUGGGAGUACCCGAUUGCAAAAGCUUAUGUGGAUGCCCGCGCUCAGCCAAUCUAUGGUGGUACCAAUGAAAUAAUGAAGGAGCUGAUUGCAAGAGAGAUCAUCCGUGACAAGUAGACAUCUGCCCACAUCCUGGAAUCCUAUUACAACUAAUCUGCUUUUAAAUCUACUCAAGAUAAAAUGCAACCUGGAAAGGGAGGAAAUGCUAAACAUGUUUUUAUAUGUUCUCUCUGUUGAAAGAGAAAUCAAAUAUGAGAUUAGUACAAUGAUAGGAGAAAUCUUUGAAUUCAAAGAUUCUAAAAUUGUCCAGUAUAGGCUUAACUUUUAAUUUUUAUAUAGCUAAAAGGCAAAUAUUUUCUGAUUCUAGAAACCUUGGUGUUUGGUUUUUCCCUAAAAUUCUAAAAUAAAUAAAUAAAUAAAAAAUAAUUGCUUUCAAAUUGA